ACUUUAUGUAGAAAGCAAUGAGAAAUUUAAAUUGCUUUAACAAGAAAAAAAUAUUUUUUAAACAAUAUUUUAUGAGAAAUAUUGAUUUUUUACCUCUAUAAAUAUGAAAGAAAAUUUUUUCAACAACAAUAUAAAAAAAAAAUUUAAUCGGGUUUGGAAACCGAAGGGUUUUAGCGUUUCUAUGAUGGGAGCUUUGUACUAUGACGUCAUAAUCGCUUUGAUGAAAGACAACAAAGCAGACAACUUGGCUAAAGCAAACACGAUGGAUGUGAGAGAAGAAACAAAAUACAGAAAUGGUGAAGAAUUUAUGAUGAGCUUGAAUAAUAGGCUGAACCAGAUGCAGAUGAAAGCGGCUGUUCCAAACAGUAUUACUGAAUUCAAGAAGGAACUGGAACUCAAAGAGGAGCGUAGAAGAGAGGAAAUAAGGAAAGAUAUUGCUAAAAUCUCCCAAAACAACUUGAGCAGAGGCAAUUUCUCGGACAUACCAGAAAAUAUCUUAAAGAUUUAUCUACCGGACGAUGCAACCAUAGCAAGAGAGCUGUGGAGGAUCAAAGAAUAUGCAGAGGACUUGGACACAAUUAAGGAAGAAGCAGAGGAAGAUUUGUACACAAUAAUACGCGAAGAGGACACUACACCAGAAUUUUCUAGUGGAUUAGAAUUCCUGAACUGGGUGGAGGGAAGACUUUCUUAUCUGGAACCAUUUUUACCAGAAUUUGAGGUUCAUCAUUAUUUCUUCCGUCAAUGGAGUCGGGACGAUUUCAGCUACACACCAUGGCUUGAAACUUUAUUUGAAGAAGAAUCUAUGGAACAGAUAGCUGCAGAAAUUGAUGACGAAGACAUCAAACCAGAAUUUUCUACCGGAGAGGAGUACCUCAGCUGGUUAGGGCGACAAUUACCAUGCCUCGAACCAUUUGUUGGAGAUCAUUUCAUUCACUCGUGCUUCAAGAAUGAAUGGCGGAAAGGAAGUGAUUAUAAACCAGGAUUCGACACAGUGAUUGAGGAACAUUAUGAAGAGGGUAAGGAAUCCAGAGCCAAUUCUCCUGUAAAAGACAACAUGGAGUUAGAAAAUGAAGAACUGAAUCCGUAUAUCAAACUAAUGCUACUACCAUCAAUACGUUUUAAGGAGGUCUUAAUGACACAGAACCCCUUGUCACUGGUGGAAAUCUGCUCCAAGAGUAUCACAACUGAGCUGGCUACAGAUGGAUGUACAAGUGGACCAGAAAAUGAGACAAGUCUUAUAGAUACAAAACAACAGACCGAUCAGAUUUGCAAGAAAGGCAGUAAAUGGAAUUUGUCGUUCAAGUUGCUAUGCAGAAAUAAGAAAGAAAAUGGACAGAAGAAGAGAUCUGCAGGAUUUUUCUCCCGUUUUUUCCACUGAUUUCCAAGGCCUUCCUUUAUAGACUAUACAC